AUCUCAUCUGCGACAUACCUUUGUCCCGUGAGUUCUAGGUUCGACAACUUAAAUUUUUACAUGAAGCAGCGUCAAUUAGUUUGAAUUGCAAAAUUGCAUUGUCAAACUUCUCGAAUUCAAAGUGGAGCUUUGAAUAAAUGUCUCCUGCUGAAUGUAGCUAGGUUUGACAUUCAAGCUGAAUUUAUGGAAGCCAUUACAAUUAGACAAUCUUUCUGAGAAUAUUCCAAUCACCAAUGGAUGGUUUCCACUCGCUCGUUCGCCUACAAACAAACAUGAACCCGUGGAAGAUGAAAAAUACGACACGGGGAAUAACAUCGAAAUUCUGAAGGUUAUAAAAGUUGGUAGUUUCAUUACAGGCCAAGGUUGUUUUCUAUAUUUUGCUUUCCAGAACACACAUUUGCAAUAUUUUAGUUAUUUCUUAGCGGAAAAAAGAUUGUAAUCGGUUUUGAGUCAAUCAAUUUGGGCAUAAUUUUUGUCUAUUUUCGGCGGUAAGAUUCAGAUACUAUAAUAAAUUCUACUCCGAAUGGUUUUUAAAACACUCUUUCGAUUUAUUUUUUGGCAAAUAGUGUGAUAUUGGAAAAGUUUUUAAAUGCUUGCCAAACACAUCCUGAAAUGAGCAAUUUCAUCUCGCUAAGGAAAAAGUUACCAAUUCCUCGGAAGCAUAUUUUCAUCUAAUAUUGCAUGUUUUGAAUGAAGACUAUAGUGUCUACAAAACAUCAUCCGAGUAGUUUCAAGUCACAAAUAUUCUAGAUCAAUCAUCAAAAAGUGGAGGUCUUUAUCACAAUGUCUAAAAAUUCCUUGUGAACGAUCGGGGAGGAGAAUCGAACCUGGGACCUCUUUUGCAUUCCCUUCCUUUUCCAUGUUCAAAUCAAAACAAAAGUUUGAUGGUGUUAUUAUUCUUUACUGGAAGAAUCCUAAGAAAAUGUUGGGUUGUCCCAUCGUAACCAAAGCAAAGGACUUGUACGAGAAUGAACGAGAAACUUUGGAAAGUUUUUCAGGUUAAUUCUUAUGUUGGCCAUCAGGCACUUACACACCCCUAUCCAUACGAGUGCUCGGUAUUUUUAAGUAGAAAGUGGGUCAAUUUGCAAAGAGCGAUUUGGGAUUAAGAGGUCCUUACGAACAGUAUGUGUUUAUCUUUAUCGUGGAUAGGUUCUUGCCAAGGUCUUUUUCUUGUCUUUGAAAGAACAUUCGGCCUCAGUUGUCGUCUGGCUUUGUUCGAACAAAGAGCUGACGAAGAGCCCGUGAGAACAAAACGAAACCAAAAAUGGCGAUCAAUUUCCAGGUCGCAUUAGUUUGGAUUAGUGUCUUCUCUGUGGUACACAGUUAUCCACAACCACAAAAUGGAGAUGGGCUAGAAGGGCUCAGACGAAAUAUUCCUGGUGAGCCAGGGAAAGACUACCCCAUUUACUCCAUCGACGUCCUUCGAAAAAUAAACCCCCGACAAUUUGGGGACCAAUCGUCCAACAAGAAUGGAAACGGAAAUGGCGCCAACACUGGUGGUCAACAAGAUCUUAGAGGGGGUCGAAACAGCGGGAAAAAUGGCCGUCAAAACAAACGAAACAAUAGCGUCAACAAAAGUCAAUAUUUGGAGCAAGUCGCUCAAGGUCAGAUUCCUGGUCAACCUGGCCAAGAUUACCCGGUGAAUAGCGUCAAAGGCUUGAAAGGCAAGUUCACUAACUUGAAAUUAGCCCCUGCCCAUCUGAUCACGCCGGAUUACCCGAAGAACGCCCAAAUCAGAGGCGGUGGGAAUUCACAAAACAGACGGAAGAACCAAGGACAAAGGAAUCAGCAAAAGAACACCAACAAUCGACGACCUAAUCGCCCUGAAGCUCCCACUCAUACUGCACCAACCCAAUCAUUUCAACCUAUCAAUAAUGAUAAAGGUGUAAGGGUAUCAACCCAAUUCAAUCAAAAUUUUGAUCUUGAACCCCGCCCACAACAGCCGAAUUAUCCCAACAAUCAACCACAACCACAACGACAGCAGCAGCAGCAACAACAACAACAAGCCGCUCAGCCGUUACCAUUUGUGCCAACAAAUCCUGAUCCAGCUUUUCAAGAAGAGGUGUUUACUGGAAAUUACUGUCCCGGGGGAUCAUUGGAAGAAUGCAUCAACUUUUGCCCUUCCAAAUCUUAUGGUGAAUGCACCGCUAAAUGUGGGGAAGAAUGCUAAUCCCUAUGGUACACGUUCAACCAGUAUGCUGAAAUACUCGAGUUUAUAACAUGAGUCCAAUGAAGGUUAAA